UCUGAAUCUAUCUCUCUUCAAAAGCCCUCACUAAUCUUAACGCUUUAGAGCCAUCUUCUUCUUCUUCUUCUUCUUCUUCUUCUUCUUCUUCUUCUCCUUCUUCAUCUUCCAGAUUGAUAAGAGCUUUUUAGUAGCAGCUCUAAAUAUCUCUUGAGAUCUUAAACCUUCAUUCAUUCUUGAUUUUUUCAAUCUUAAUCUCUCAUGUGAUUGCUCCGUUCGCUUUAAAUUUCCAUCAGUAGUCUUGGUUCUCUUCAUCUCCAAUACCAGGGAACCAUGGGGAAGAAAGUUAAGAAGAAGACGAACCGAGCUCCUCCAAAAGAGAAGCGGGUAUCUUCAAGUUCACCGAGGAAGGUGCCCCAACCAAGCAACACAACGGUGGAGACUGCUGAUGAGGAGAUUUCAAUUGUGAAGGAGAAAAGCCAAUGCGGUCAUCUUGAUAAAUGCUUUAAUUUAAAUGAGUUAUCAUCUAAACUUGGGUCCGCGGAACCUAUUAGCUGUGAAGAUUGUCAAGAUAGUUCAGCUGAUAGAAGGGGAGGUAGAGGGAAGGCUAGACAUGGGAAGAAAAAAGGGGGAACUUCUGUGGAUGUAAAAACUGAUGCUAAAGCAAUUUGGAUUUGUUUGCAAUGUGGGCAUUAUGCCUGUGGGGGUAUUGGACUUCCUACAAACUCUCAGAGUCAUGCCGUUCGACAUGUCAGGCAAACUCGUCACCCUGUGGUGAUUCAGUUUGAAAACCCGCAGCUUCGAUGGUGUUUCUCUUGCAAUACAUUACUUCCAGUAGAGAAAACUGAAGAGAAUGGUGAACAAAAGGAUAGCUUGUCUAAUGUGGUGAAAUUAAUUAGGGACCGGUCGAUGGAAUCCACGCAUGUGGAUGUUGAGAACACGCGGUACACUAGUAGUGAAGUUACAGCCGCAACUAAACCAGAAAGUUCAGUAUUAAGUGAUUUGGAUAGAAGAAAUCAAUAUAUUGUAAAAGGAUUGAUUAAUCUUGGUAACACUUGUUUUUUCAAUUCAAUCCUUCAAAAUCUCUUGGCCAUUGAUAUGUUGAGAGAUCAUUUUGUGAAAUUGGAAGAAUGUGUUGGACCUUUAACUAUAGCUUUGAAGAAGAUCUUUAUAGAAGCAAGAACGGAAAGCAGAAUGAAAAGUUCAAUAAAUCCGAGAUCAGUUUUUGGUUGCAUCUCUUCCAAAGCUCCUCAGUUCAAAGGAUAUGAACAACAUGACAGUCAUGAAUUGCUCCGUGUCCUACUUGAUGCAUUGUCUUCUGAAGAGCUGACUUCAAGGAAGAUGACAAAUUCUAAGGAAGAGAGAAUAUCUGGAAAUCCCACUCCUACUUUUGUUGACGAGAUGUUUGGAGGGCAAAUAUCAAGUGCCGUAUGUUGCAAAGAAUGUGGCCAUACAUCGACAGUUUACGAACCAUUUCUAGAUCUCUCUCUUCCCGUUCCAAUGAAGAAGCCUCUGGCCAAAAAGGUCCAACCAGUCUCUCGAGCUAAGAAGACAAAAGUGCCACCCAAGAGAAAUGGAAAGACAAUUCCUAAAACUAACAAGGUUUCAGAUAUUGUACCAAUUCAAAUUGCCUCAGUUCCAUCAUCUAGUAAUGAGUCUUCCCUUCCAUCAGAGGCCAGUGCCAGUAGCACAACUACCAUUAUGGAGAAGACUUCAACUUCUCAGAAUGUCUCAGAUGCUAAAGAGUCUGGAAAAGAAAUUUCGGUUGAGAAUGGAGGAGAAUGUGCUUCAGAUAAUUUGACUUGGAUGGAUUUUCUUGAACCAGAACUGAAUGCUGACAAUUGUGAUAUUUCCACUACUCAGGAUUCUGAAAAUAAUAUUGAAGUAUUUAUUAGUGACAAUUCACAACAAAGCGUUUCUGGGUUGAGUAUGCCAGUUUCAUCCCUUCACAGUGAGCCCAAUCAACGACCAGAUUUUUCUUCAGUAAAUUCGUGGAAUGAUGAAGCUCCUUUACAGGUGCAAGCCUCUGAAGUUUUGCUGCUUCCUUACAAGGAAGAGAGUUCCACUGCUGAAGUAGCAAAAGAAGAUGAUCAGGCUUCCUCAUCAAUUUUGGGCUGUGCUCAAGAAGAUUUUGAUGGAUUUGGUCUUGGUGAUAUGUUUGAUGAGCCUGAAAUUCCUAUAGGGCCCAUUGGGAGACCCUCCACUUCAAAUGAAGUUGCAGAAAGUAGUUUUAAUAGUGAGUCUGAUCCUGAGGAAGUUGAUAAUACUGAUGCUCCCGUCUCUGUGGAGAGUUGUCUCACUUUUUUCACAAAGCCGGAACUUCUGUCCAACGAAAAUGGAUAUAACUGUGAGAAAUGCUCAAAAAGACUACAACAACAGAGGUUGGAAAUGAAGAAGCAAUCAAAGGUUGCUUGCAAAGCUGUAGCAAAUGGAUGCCAAACUGCAGUAGGGGGUGAUAUAUCUAGUUGCAACGAGGACUCUUCAGUUGAAGUAAAAAAUAAAAGAAAUAUGAAUUUAACAAAUGGUUCUAUAAGUUAUAGUAGUGGUGAAAGCUCUAAUUUGAAAAAAAAUGUAGAUUGUUCCAGUCAAGAUUGCUCAAAACCUGUCAAUUGCCAGAAAAGCAAGACAGAUCCCCCCGUUUUGGAUGAGGAUGAAGCGAAGGUUGACAAAGAUAUGAAUCCUGGCCUAUCACGUUCUUCGGGUUGUAAUAACACCCGCAAUCAAGAGAAUUCAGAUGAUAAAUCCAGUUGUUCUCUUCCCAACGAUGAACCUGCAAAAACUAAUAUUGAGCACUUGAGUUCACAUCUAGCUGUCGGUAACCAAUCAGAAAAAAGUGAAGAUGGUGAGAUGGAUUCUGAUUCAACAAUUGUGAAUGUGAAGAGAGAUGCAACAAAGAGGUUUCUCAUACACAAAGCCCCUCCUAUCUUGACAAUUCAUAUGAAGAGGUUCAGUCCUGAUGCUCGGGGUCGUUAUAGUAAAUUGAAUGGCCAUGUCAGAUUCAAGGAAACAAUUGAUCUCAAACCAUACCUGGAUACAAGGUGUGCUGAUAGGGACAAGUGUAGUUAUCGGUUGGUCGGGGUCGUGGAGCACUCUGGAUCUAUGAGAGGAGGUCAUUAUGUUGCAUAUGUGAGAGGGGGCAACAGGAAGAGGAGCAGUGGGGAAGCUGAGGAAGAUGCUUCUGUUUGGUAUUAUGCUAGUGAUGCUGUCGUAGAUGAGGUUACCCUGGAUCGGGUUCUUGGAUGCGAGGCAUACAUCCUAUUUUAUGAGAUAACAUGACAAAUCUUUGGCUAAUACGUGCUUACUUCUUCAUAACCUCCAACAGAAAGAGAGAAGAGAGAGAGAGAGAGAGAGAGAGAGAGAGAGAAAUAGGUUGGUGAGUGUACAACACCUCUUACAAAAGAAUUUUUCCCCCCAGUAAAAAGAAAAAUCCAUUCUUUUGAUCUAUUAGAUCUAGGUUUUGAAAUAUGAUUAUCACAGAAUUUGUGUUAUUGCCAUUGCCAAUAGGGGGUGUGAGGGGCUUGAGACCCUAUCCUUUUCCACCCCGGAUUUUGUUCUAUGAGAUAAAUGAUUGCUCAAAUUAUUUCUUUUUCCAUCUAUUUUUCUUCCCCGGUGACUUUCUGAAGAGUGAGAACAUUUGUCUUCACAGAUUGGUAUUAACGAAUCAAAAAUUUUGAGUUGUGUUUU